UGAUUUGUCACAAAGAGCACGUUUUUUUGCACGUCAAAAAACAGGAAGUAGACAGAGGAGGUUUAUUGACUGGUAGCUAGCUAGCUGUCAACUAAAGUUCAGAAGGACCUAGCUAGCUAAUAGUUCGAGGAUUUAGCACCGGACAGUUGGGACAGUUCUGAAGCAGCACCACCUGACAUGAGUGGCAAAAAAGAAGUCAGUUUUGAUCCAAAAGAGCACCAGCAUCUGCGUUAUAACCCUUUGCAGGACACCUGGGUCCUGGUGUCGGCCCACCGCAUGAAGAGACCCUGGGCAGGGCAGGUAGAAAAACCUCCUGAGGAACACACACCCAGAUAUGACCCCCACAACCCACUCUGUCCCGGAAACACACGUGCAAAUGGAGAGGUAAAUUCAGACUAUGACAGCACUUUUAUUUUUGAAAAUGAUUUCCCUGCUCUUCAUCCAGAUGCUCCCGAUCCUGGUUCAGAUCAACAUCCACUGUUUCAGUCUAAAGCAGCCAGGGGCGUCUGUAAGGUCAUGUGUUUCCAUCCCUGGUCUGAUGUCACCCUUUCUCUCAUGAAAAAACAAGAGGUUGUCAAGGUAAUUGACAAGUGGGCAGAGCUUGUUGAAGAACUAGGAACCACGUACCUCUGGGUCCAGAUCUUUGAGAAUAAAGGAGCUAUGAUGGGCUGUUCAAAUCCACAUCCUCACUGUCAGGUGUGGGCCAGCAACUUCCUGCCUAAUGAGCCUGCUCUGUCAGACCGCUGUCAGAGAGCCUACUAUCAGAAACAUGGAGAACCGCUGCUGCUGCAAUACGCCAAACAAGAAGCUGAGAAAAAGGAGCGUGUGGUGGUGGAGACAUCUGAUUGGCUGGCAGUGGUUCCAUAUUGGGCAACCUGGCCCUACCAGACACUGUUGUUGCCACGACGACAUGUCCUCAGGAUCAAUGACCUGACAACAGAGGAGAGGGAGGAUCUGGCUGACAUUAUGAAGCGACUGCUGACCAAGUAUGACAAUCUGUUUGAAAUUUCUUUCCCCUACUCCAUGGGCUGGCACGGAGCCCCGACUGGCCCCCAAUUGAAAAAAGACAACUCUCAUUGGCAGCUGCAUGCCCACUACUACCCUCCUCUGCUGCGUUCAGCUACAGUUAAGAAGUUUAUGGUGGGGUAUGAGAUGCUUGCCCAGGAGCAAAGGGACCUCACCCCUGAACAGGCUGCUGAGAAGCUACGGAAUCUACCAGAAGAACACUAUAAAACCAGACAGAACCUGAAAAAAGGGGGAGAAAAAGAGAAAGAUGGAGAAAGGGGAAAUGACCUGUGUGAUAGUUAGAAGAGAGGGGACAAAUACAGCUUAUGUAAACCCCAUAUACCUUUUGGAUAUAGUAUAUCCAUGAUAAUGUAUGGCUUUUGUUUUGGAGGUACUGUAAAAAAUAACAUU